AUGCUCUUGAUGACGGUUGAUGCUGCUGUGAAGCCUUACAUCACCACCUCGGCGGAUUACUCCACGGAAUGCAAAGCAUGCCCGCACUCGCUUUGUACGAAUAAGCUUGCAUAUGGAGGAGGGGAUGCUUUCAAUACCACCUGUUGGACAAGAGGGACCAAGAUCAUGGGUGAUAACCUCUGGUUGAGGAGUGAAGCCGGAUGCUAUGUGACGCAAUGGGAUGUUCAGGAAUAUGAGGGAGAUUACACCAAGGACUUGAAAUAUUGUGGUGCGCACUCAGAGGUAGAACAUAUAACAACGGAAGACGCAACACUCCAGUACAAGACCGAAUGCCGAAUAUGUCCGGAAAUCGAUUGCGAUGUUGCCGCAUACUUGCCGGAAGAAACGGACGUUACCUUGACAUGCUGGACGAAGGAAGGCCAGAUGGUGAUUGACGACCCAUACUGGAUGAAGACGACAAACAAUUGCUAUGUUGCGGAGAUUGGUCUUUACUCCAAGCCGGAUAUUACUUAUCUUGACAACUGCGGCCCGAUUCCUUUCCUCGAGAUCGAGAGACACUUUAACGAGAAUGGAACGUCACAAAUAGAUAAACGACAUCCGUUGCCCGCACCAAUAGGCCAGAGCGCGAAUUAUCUCAUCAACGUUACUGUCGGCGAGGAUAAUGCGAAGUGUCGAAGCUGCCCGAAGGAGUCCUGCAAAGUUGAGAAACGGUAUCCCUUCAAUAAAGAGAUCUGGUUGCAAUGCUUGGUUGAGAACAACGGUACCUGGUGGAGUGAGACGACUGAUUUCUGUUACAUAAAGAACUCGGAUAUUUGGCAGAGUCCAGAAGGUGACUAUUACCGAAACCCGCUUUGCGCGUAUUUCGAUGAUCCAGGGUCAAAGUAA